AUGGUAUUCGUCUCCGUCAUCGAGAACGCUCGUCAGGCAGAGGAAGCGGCUAAGUUUGUCGCCGGUGCCGAGCAAGCACGUCUGGUCGAGGAGAUCACCCGCUUCGUAGCCGACAACCCGCGCCUCGAUCUCAGGGAGGUGUUAUCCAAGGAGGGCUCGGAAAGAUUCGGCGCGCUGUUCGUCACGCGCUCGGUGCGCGAGAAGUACUGGGGAUACGGCAUGACGCUCGCGUUGGGCCACAGGGUGGGUCUGGACGAGCACGCGUUGCCGGAGGACGGCCCGCCGGGUCUGGAGCAGACGGAGACCUCGGAGCUGUCGUUUCGCAAAGAGAUGUUGAAGGUAUUCGUAUUCCUGAAGGGGCCGGUAUCGCCCGCGACGAACCUGCGCUUUGUCCCACAGUCUCUCCGGUGUCAGGACUCGAUUCGCUCCGCGAUGGGCGUGAUCGGUAUGGCGGGCGAUACGUUUCUCAAGGAGAUCUAUGUCGACCGCUUGCUGCCCAUACUUUUCGAUUGGUGCCAGGAGCCAGGCUUCCUCGGUGUCGACAUCCACAAGGAAUCAUCACGACUGAACCACUGGCAGGAAUGCCUGGUAUCCGGCCCGCAGCUCCUGGUUUGGUGGUUGGAACCAUUAAUCGGCACCCUGAACUUCCGCUACCUCCUUCAGCUGGGCAACGCGGAUGACCAGCAGGAGGUGUUCAAGCACCAGCUGCUGAUCUACCUCGCGGUACGGAUGUGCAAGCUGGUUGAUCGUCUCUACGUCGCCGUAACGUGCGACAGCAGAUAUCCGCCGCGCUGGCACACCCAGCAGGAUCAGGAUCAUGACCACGGCAUAUACCACGAGCACCUUCAUGGCAUGUCCAAGUUCUACCGGGAAACAGGUACCGUCGAUGAGGAUGUGGAAGUAUCUCGGUAUUCGGUCCCCGUCAGACUCUGGCCCUCGUAUCAAACCCUCGUGCCCGUUCACAAACUGCAUGACCGAGGGGUCUAA